AUGAAGCGGCAGAACCUGCGCACGGCCGCGCUCAUCCUCUGCAUCUUCUCCUACCUGCUGGUGGGCGCCGCGGUCUUCGAUGCGCUGGAGUCGGAGGCGGAGAGCGGCCGCAAGCGGCUGCUGGAGCAGAAGCGCGGGGAGCUGCGGAGGAAGUACCGCUUCUCCGCCGACGAUUACCGAGAGCUGGAGCGGCUGGUGCUGCAGGCCGAGCCGCACCGCGCCGGUCGCCAGUGGAAGUUCGCCGGCUCCUUCUACUUCGCCAUCACGGUCAUCACCACCAUCGGUUAUGGGCAUGCUGCUCCCGGCACAGACGCUGGCAAAGUCUUCUGCAUGUUCUACGCCAUCCUGGGCAUCCCCCUGACCCUGGUCAUGUUCCAGAGCCUGGGGGAGCGCAUGAACACCGUCGUGCGGCUGCUGCUCAAGAAGAUCAAGAAGUGUCUGGGCAUGAGGACAACCCAUGUCUCCAUGGAGAACAUGGUCCUGGUGGGCUUUCUGUCCUGCAUGGGCACGCUGUGCAUCGGCGCCGCAGCCUUCUCUUAUUUCGAGGGCUGGACUUUCUUCCACGCCUAUUACUACUGCUUCAUAACCUUGACCACUAUUGGCUUUGGAGACUUUGUGGCUCUGCAGAAGAAUGAGGCUUUGCAGAAGAAGCCCCCAUAUGUGGCUUUCAGCUUCAUGUACAUCCUGGUGGGCCUGACGGUCAUCGGCGCCUUCCUCAACCUGGUGGUGCUGCGGUUCCUGACGAUGAACUCGGAGGACGAGCGGCGGGAUGCCGAAGAGCGAGCGUCGCUGAGGAGAGCCCGCAACAACAUCCACCUCAAGCCCAAAGAGGACAGCCGCAGCAGCAAUGCCAUUUUUCUCCCUGUGGAGGACAGGACGAGCCAGAUGAACCUGAUCCCGCUGGUCCAGGAGGACGCGGAGAGGCAGCGGCGUCAGUCGGCCACCUCGGCGGCCGCGGUGCCGUCCUUCUGCACGUGCCUGUGCUACAGACCCCAGGUGUGUGGCAGCCCGGCGCCCUCCCACCCUGAGACCCUGAGCUGCCACACCAACCCUGUGUACUACAACUCCAUUUCCUACAAAAUCGACGAGGUGUCCCUGAGCACACGGGGUCAGACCGGCUCUUCCCCAGGGAGCACUUUGUCUUCCAACAGCCCUCGCUGCCGGCAGCACCCCCGGCUGCGGAGGAAAUCCAUCUAG